AACUCUCUGCCUUCCACCCCACACACCUGACCCCCCACACACACACUGGCAAUCAACACCAACCCAAGCAAACCUAGCAAAUCCACCCCGCCCCCCCUGACUCAGACAUCUCAGUGCGCAUUCAUCCAGCCCUCAUAACAUAUUACUUACGACAACUCAUCCAUCCAGCUUUAACGACUACAACAUAACAGCAACAACCACAACAUCAUCAUCAUUAUCACUAUCAUCGUCAUAAAAGGACAUCCUACCACUUCACCAUCUCAGUGUUAUAUAUUAUACUCCUCCAGCAACUCCUCCUCCUCCUCCUUUUACCAUCAUCAUGAAAGAAUACAAGAUCGUCAUCAUGGGUGGCGGCGGUGUCGGCAAGAGCGCGCUUACCGUCCAGUUCGUUCAUGACAUGUUUGUUGAAAGAUACGACCCAACGAUCGAAGACUCCUACCGCAAGAUAAUCACCGUUGAUGGCAAUAAAGUGACUGUAGAAAUUCUCGAUACAGCUGGAACAGAACAAUUUGUAGCGCUUCACUCGCUGUAUGUCAAGUCAGGCGAUGGAUUUCUACUCGUCUUUGCACUGAACACGUUAGAUUCGAUUCAUGAGCUAGAGGCCCUACACGAGUCGAUCGUCCGCAUCAAGGAGGCGGAAGGAUAUACGGACAAGAUCCCGAUCGUGCUGUGUGGGAACAAGUGCGACUUGGAAGAACGAAUAGUGCAGCGAAGUUGGGCGGUAGCUCUAUCGCAGGAGUGGGGCGGAGUGCCCUACUACGAGACCAGCGCCCGGAAACGGAUCAACGUCGACGAGGUGAUCGCCGACCUGGUCCGUCAGAUCAUCAAGGCAGAUCGACUCGGUCAUCUCAAUCAUGGUGGCCCUGGCCGUCAUGGCUUGGGCGGCAAAAAACGCAGGAAACGCGUGACCCCUAACGGCGGCUGCUCAAUCCUAUAACCCCUGCCCCCCUCCCCCCCUUCUUCUCUCGCCUGCGUUAGUGUUUUUGUGUUUGUGUUUGUGUACAAGUCGAAUUUGCAUUGUGUGCCUUCCCAAUCUCGGUUUCCUCAAAACACAAAAUAUACCUCCCUGUUCCCGACAGCUCUCGACGAUCCUUUUGACGACUCGAUACGACCUUGUGAUGUGCUUCUUUCUUCCCUUCUUUGCCCAGCUCCCUCUUUCUCUCUUCUGGCCUUAGAUUCGUCGGCUUUUCACCUCUCGCUCAAUUCAAUCUACACGCCCUUGUUUGUGUCUCUGAUCGAUCUCAUCUUUAAAAAACCGACGAAUGGGUCAUCGGCCUGGAAUCGGUCCACUACCUGCAUCGCCUUCCCUCUCUCUCUCUGUCUUUCUUAUCCAAAAUCGACGCUGGUUCAUUUAUUUCACUAUCCUUUUCAUGCUACAUCUUUCCUGUUUUUUUUAUCCAGCUUGAUCUAGUCCAGAAAACAAAACAAAGAAAAACACAAUCAAAUUAGAGAAAUCCUCCCUCUGUUUUUAAGAAUAUAAGCUCCUGUCUUCAUCCUCAUUGAUGUCAAUCAUUUCCUCUUUAUUUGUGGUAAGAUUUGAUCAUGUUUAUUUAUCAAUUUCUAUACAUAUUCAUAUAUUUGACAUCUCAACUUAUGUAAACAUCUACAUAGUAUUUAUCCUCCUAUCUUUUAUCUUUUGAUUGAUCAUUUUUAUUUUUAUUUUGCCUUCGAGUUCUUAUUUUUUUUUGUUUGACUGUAAACUGAUCUUGCAUGAUGCUCAAGGGUCCAAAUAAUCUUAAAAAAGCA